UCGUUGCUCCGCAUUCCAUUUAGGGCAAGUCGGUCAUCUUCUCCUUCGCUUCGCUUCGUUGCAAGUCCGUACGAAUUUUGGCACUCUCGUUUUCAGUCUCUGUUAUCUUCUUCUUCUUCUCAUCGUUCUCUCUCGUCGGCUCUGAAACAUCCGAUUCCGAUUUCCGAUUCUGCAGUUGUAUCGUCUUCAAUCGAAGCGUUUUGAGUUCCUGAAGAUGGCCUUCUACAUUCUCCGUAUUUCGAAACCCUAAUUUUGGUCAAUUAAUAUCUGUGUUUGAUUCGUUGUUGUUUCUUGUUCGUAUUGUGUUGAUUCACGGUGAGAUGGACGGGAAUGGUAGUGGUGGCGAAGCUGGAUUGUCUUCCGGGAGUGGCAGCUCUCCUCCGACGGUGCCGGCUCCUAUCACUAAUGCGAACGCGCCUCCGCCGUUCUUGAGUAAGACCUAUGACAUGGUGGAUGACCCGGCGUCCGACGCGGUUGUGUCCUGGAGCCCCACUAAUAACAGCUUUGUUGUCUGGAACCCGCCUGAGUUCGCUAGGGAUCUUUUGCCCAAAUACUUCAAGCAUAAUAACUUCUCCAGCUUCGUUCGGCAGCUCAACACCUAUGGAUUCAGGAAAGUUGAUCCAGACCGUUGGGAAUUUGCUAAUGAAGGUUUUUUAAGAGGUCAGAAACACCUGCUGAAGAGUAUUACUCGGCGAAAACCUGUCCAUGGGCACAGUCAGCAACAACCACAGCAGUCUCAUGGACAAAGUUCCUCAGUGGGAGCAUGUGUAGAAGUUGGUAAGUUCGGUCUGGAGGAAGAGGUUGAGAGGCUUAAAAGAGACAAAAAUGUACUUAUGCAGGAACUUGUGAGAUUGAGGCAGCAGCAACAGACUACUGACAACCAGCUGCAAACUAUGGUGCAGCGUCUACAGGGAAUGGAGCAGCGACAACAGCAGAUGAUGUCGUUCCUUGCAAAGGCUGUGCAAAGCCCUGGAUUUUUGGCUCAAUUUGUGCAGCAGCAAAAUGAGAGUACUAGACGAAUAAGUGAAGCUAACAAAAAGCGAAGGCUCAAGCAGGAUGGAAUUGCCGAGUCUCAGCAUUCUGCUGUUGCUGAUGGGCAAAUUGUGAAGUAUCAACCUCUCAUGAAUGACGCAGCGAAAGCAAUGCUGAGGCAGAUUAUGAAAAUAGAUACUUCACGUUUGGAACCGUCGGACCAAAAUACUGACAGUUUCCUUAUGAGUGAUGGUUUGCCAUCAUCGUGUGCACUAGACAAUGGUAACUCUUCUAGUUCUGUAUCAGGUGUGACUCUGCAAGAAGUACCUCCGACCUCAGGGCAGCCAUCUUUUACUUCAGCGGCUGCUCCUCAUGGCCCCUCAACUGCGAGAUCAGAAAUACAAUCAUCACCCCAAGCUACAACUUCUGACAAGGUUUCAACCGUCCCUUUUUCUGUUAAUGCUGUGCGGGGUCCAGGGGCACGGGAAGCUUCUUCCUUGUCGGUUUCUGAGACUGAUGUAAUCAUGCCCGAGCUUUCUCCAAUGACUGAGAUGGUGUCUGAGAACGUUGUUGAUGUUCCUGGAGCAGAUUAUAGGAUGCCCGAGACAGGAAAUGGUGCAUUUAUUAAUCCGAGUAUGUUGGAAGCCAGCGGAACUAUUCCAAUCGAGAUCGAUAACAUAUCUCCUGAUCCUGAUAUUGAUGCCUUACUAGACAACUCCAACUUCUGGGAUGAUCUGCUCGUGCAGAGUCCGGGUCAGGAAGAGGUUGACUUUUUGGCUGGAGGAUUCCCAAAUGAUAUGCAGCCAGUAGAAAAUUUAUGGGACAAAUCAAAACACGUGGAUAAACUUACGGAACAGAUGGGACUUCUCACUUCAGAAAUGAAAAGGGUUUGAAUUAGAUAGUCAAAUGUAAAUUAGUUUCAAAUGUCGAUUAAGGUAAAACUUUAGACAAUCUUUUACACUUGUGUAUUCAUAAUAAUCAGAUCGUGGUUCUGCAAUUCCCCAGUUAUAACUUCUAAUUUAAGCACAUAGUGAGGCGUCCCUGUUUACAAAUUUGUAAUUCUUUCUUGUUCUGUUCCAAUUUUCAGAGUUGGCUUGUGCUCCUUUUUUACAGGUUGCCAUUAGGUGGUUGUGGAGGAAAGGCUGUUGGAUGGACCAUCAUACAUAUCUUUUGUCCACUUACCAAACAAUGUCGCUAAGAAUUAUGGUAAGGUCUGUAAAUACUAUAUACGACGAUGUUCACUGUUAAUCUUCUUCGCUGUCGGAUGAAAUUUAAGUUCAGUCUCUUGGUAGAGAGGUUUCUUACCUUGGUUACUUUGGAGGCAAUAAUAUCAAUUUUGGUUGAUGCCAAUUGUACUUAAUGUAUGAGCUUUAUGCAUAGAGAUGCAUAACUCUGUUGUUCUUACUGUUACAGGAAGAGCCGACUGCUACAAAAUGAUAUUAUCAGUACAUUUUACCU